CAAGACCCUGAAUUCAAUAAUGAACUAUGUAAUCUAACAGAUCUUCAAGAACUUCCAGAAAAACCAACCAUUAAAGUCCUGCCUGUCUUUGACCUGGUGCCUGUCUCAUCUGAUGACGUCUUUAGCGACACAAGUACUGCAGAUACAGAGAUACUCUCACAUUCACCUCAGGAUCGACGUGAACCAUGGCCAGAAUUUUUUGACAUUCCAACAUUUUCUGUUGAUGUGGAGUAUAGACUGAGGCAAGCAGAUUUGCUGUUUAUGAGUGAAGGAACACACCUUAAGGUCUCAAAAGAGCUGAAACAUGAGAUACUAGAGAGACUGGCAGAAAGCAUGUAUAGCUACACAGCAUACCCAACUGCUGCUCAGUUUGAAAGUGUUGCAACAGCACUGAUAAACAAACACCCCUGUCUCCAGGAGCGAGGCUCUGUCACUCGCUGUUGUGGUUGGAAAAAUAGUCUAAAGCAUAAAAUGGGAAAUUAUAGAACAAAGCGCAGGCAAUCAGGAUGCCUUGAUGUUGCAGUAAAUGCCGGUAAGCGGGGAAGGCAUUCAUCAGAUGGACAACCAGCAAACAAGCGGAUAAAAAAGGCAAAGAAAGGUGAAAUCAACUACUUGCCCAACUUUCCGGAUGGAUUUGAUCAAGCUGCCCUGGAAGAGGCCCGUAAGGACUUGGCUGAUGAAAUGCAGAAGAGAACCCCAAAUGGACUUCUUGUAAAACAAAAGAUGGAUCAGACUUUUGCUUUGAGAAGAAAAGAGGUUGUGGACUCUGAACCCCCCAUAAACAUGAUGGUGAAACGCUGGCCUGCCCUCUUCACAGAAGAUCAGGUGUUCAUGGAGUUCAGCAGGAUUGUGGGCAAGAACCUCAAGCAGGAAUUUUAUGAGAACAUCGAUCGGCACAGUCCUCGUUUCCUUGAGUUAUUUCGUUCCAAGAGAGGGAAUGUUGGACAGUUGUUGACUCAGAUUUCACAACAGACCAAUACUACUGACCCAACUGCAAUCCGGACACAGGUGCUCAGAGGGCUUCCAAUCAUCCUGGGGGACAAUCCUUCAACCUUCUUCAAAGCAGGCUUUGAAUCAGAUGCUGAUUUUUUCCGUGACCUUGACAUCGGGAUUCUUCUCACUGAGCGUGAAGAGGCUGUGCUCACAUCUGCCCAGCAUCCAAGUCCAACCUUGUUGAAAAUUAUCAUUGAGGGAGAAGUCGUGAUGGAAAACAUCCAAGAUCUGCCUAAAGCAAUGUGCAUUCUGUUUGGACUCACGUAUGCACUCCAUCUUAACUAUCCUAAAAGUAUGAAGCUGACCUUUCUGUUCAUCCAACAGAUUUUGCUCUCAUUAGGCCACACUGACCUAAAGCCAAAGAUACAAUCUUUGAAAAAUCAGCUUACAAUGUAAAGUGAUGUCAUCUCUACUGUGACAUGUUUGUUUUUUUUCCUCACCUUUUUGGUUCUGUAAAACAGCCCAACAAAAAGGCACAAAACGCAGAAACAGACACAUUCAGCACCCAGUCAGAACAGUCCCAUACAACACCUACAAACAAAAAACACUACACAUAAACUUCUAUACACACAAACACACACACACACACACUUAGAUGCUUUAGAAGUGAGCAGAAGCAUGUGACGUGAAAGUAAAAAUUGAAGAGUUGUACCUGAAAGACAGACAUUGUUUAAGUUGUUGCAUCAUAAGUCUUUGUAGAUGGAGUUGGAUAUUGUUCUAAUUAGAAAGUCUUUGUUAGUAUGUCUGUUGACCUGCCUUAAUGUAGGCAGAUGGUGCAGAUCCUGUUUGUAACAGGGAAUUUUUGGGAAUUCUGUUUUUUGUUGGUUGUUACAUUCACCUACCACACAACACACACACAUUCAACUACCACACAAACACACACACAUUCAACUACCACACAAACACACACACAUUCAACUACCACACAAACACACACACAUUCAACUACCACACAAACACACACACAUUCAACUACCACACAAACACACACACAU